CUUGCUCUUUUGUAAAUGAAAUGACAUAAUUAGAAGUAUUCAACACUACAUUUAUUCUAAAAUACAACAGUACAGUAGUAGUGCAUAUAUCAUGUCCAAAUUUCAUUUCUUACAAACCUAUCUUUCUAAUUUUUCCAAUUAAUAACUAGGAAAACUUCUUUCUAAUCUUUCUAAAAUACAUAUAAAAAAAUAAAAACUUCUGCCCAAACUAGACUGUCUGUCAUUUGCAAUGAAGCUCAGAAAUACACCUCCGUCUAGAAGGUGCCGAGUACCUUCUUUUUCAUAGCGAUACCAAAGAAGACUCUUUUGUAAACUACCUUGUUCUUUUUGGUGGAAAAUCUGCCAUUGACUUUUACAAAUCUUCUUAAUCAUCUAUUUUUUGGGGCUAGACUUUAACAACCCACUCGUUUGGCUGUUCUUUCUCUCCCCACCCAACUGUGAGGAAUACAAUCUCUUUGAUUCUGUCCAGAGCACCAAAAAAAACCAUGUACCUUUCUCAUCUUAGAAUCAUCAGCACCUUCUACCUUGUCCACCAUCUUUUAUUCACUGGAGCAGGUGAGUUGCUUACCCAAUAUUACCCAGAAGAUGACAUUGCCGUUAACUGUGGCUCCACUGGUAUUUCUUCUGCUUUAGAUGGCCGGGAAUGGAUCGGAGAUGUGGGUUCAAAAUUCACUUCCCCAAAAGAGGAAAAAGGCAAAUCAAUAAGCUCAUCAAUUGUUCACCAAUCACUUUUUGCCGAUCAUGUUCCCUACAUGACUGCUCGGAUCUCUCGUGCUCAAUUCACCUAUACAUUUCAACUCAGACCAGGUCAAAAAUUCAUUCGCCUACACUUUUUUCCAGCUUUAUACCCUGGUUUUGAAAGAUCUAAGGCCCUUAUCACUGUUACAGCAGGUCCAUACACCCUCCUUAGCAAUUUCAGCGCUUCCCUUACUGCUAAUGUUUUAGGUGUAAGAUAUUUUGCAAAAGAAUUUUGUGUCAACAUUGAAAACAAUCAAGUUUUUAGCAUAACAUUCUCUCCAUUUAAAAGUAGUGCAAGUGAUGAUGUUUAUGCUUUUAUCAAUGGAAUUGAGAUUGUCUCCAUGCCCGCCGGUCUUUAUUACACUCCAGCUGGUGAUUUGGGAACCCAUGUCGUUGGCAACGAGUUUCGAUUCUAUAUUGAUAACGGCACUGCACUAGAGAUGAUUCACCGCUUAAAUGUUGGAGGGAGAUCCAUUUUGUCUGUAGAAGAUUUGGGCAUGUUUCGUAUGUGGUAUGGGGAUAAGAAAUACUUAUUACAAUCAAGUUAUUUACAAGUCAGUGCGAGCAAUAUGAUCACAUACACAAACAUACCCACAUAUUCUGCACCACUUAAAGUUUAUCAAACAGCUUGGUCAAUAGGUUCGAACCAACAAACGAACCAAGUGUACAACUUCACAUGGAAAUUACCAAUAGAUUUGGGAUUCAGAUAUCUGGUUAGGCUCCAUUUCUGUGAGCUUGAGCCCAUCACAACUGAGACCAGUAAGAAACGGUUUGAUCUGAUGAUAAACAAUAAGAUCAUUGAGGCUGAUGCAGAUGUGAUCAAAUGGAGCGGUGGACAUGGUGUUGCAGUAUACAAGGACUAUAUGGUUAUGAUGGAAGGAGACAGAAUGAAGAGUGGGCGUGAUCUAAUCAUAGCUCUGCAGCUCAAGUAUGAGUCAAGCACUAAAAAGUUUGAUGCAAUUCUCAAAGGUAUCGAAAUAUUUAAGUUGAGCAACCCCGACAACAAUCUCGCCAGUGUUAAUCCUGUUUUCAUAGCACAUGCUCCAAUAUCUGGGACUCCAAAACUCCAAAAAUUAGUUUUACCUCUUGGCAGUAUAAAUAUGACUGCAACAGGUAUAAUUCUUGUACUCACUCUAUUGAACUUCAUUGUUUACCAUUUAAAUCGUUUGGAAUCAAACUCUAGCAAAAUAAGUGUCUCAUCAUCAUUGGAUGAGGAGUUGCAACGACGCUUCUCACUUGUUGAGAUCCAGUUGGCCACCCACAACUUUGAUGAUGGAUUAGUCAUCGGUAGAGGUGGGUUUGGUAAUGUGUACAAAGGGCUCAUAAACAUGACCAGGACUGUUGCCAUAAAGCGGUUGAAUUCACAAUCCAAACAAGGGGCUCACGAGUUUUGGGCUGAGAUCAACACCCUUUCGAAGCUUCGACAUAAUCAUCUCGUCUCUCUGAUUGGCUACUGUGAUGAUUGUGAGGAGAUGAUCCUGGUCUACGAGUACAUGGUCCAUGGGACCCUUGCUGACCAUCUCCACAAAGCUAGCAGAAAUGGUAGUAAUAAGUCUACUCUUUCCUGGGAACAACGACUCAACGUCUGUAUUGGUGCUGCACGUGGGUUGGACUUCCUGCAUAGGAGUAGCAGUGCCCACCAUGGAAUCAUACACCGUGAUGUGAAGAGUUCAAACAUUUUGUUGGAUGAAAAUUGGGUAGCAAAGAUUUCUGAUUUUGGGUUGUCCAAAAUGGACACUGCAAACAUAUCGCGCACCCACAUGAGCACCAAAGUUAAAGGAACAUUUGGGUAUCUGGAUCCAGAGUAUUUGUUGACUGAAAGAUUGACUAAGAAAUCAGAUGUGUAUGGAUUUGGUGUGGUAUUGUUUGAAGUGCUGUGUGGUAGACGGGCUGUAGAUUUAACACUAGAGGAGGAAGAGCAUAGUCUAGCUCUAUGGGCCCAAAAAUGCAUCCGAAAAGGAACAAUUGAUCAGCUCGUUGAUUCCAAUGUGAAGGAGCAAAUCUCAUCUCAUUGUUUAAGAGGGUUUGCAGAAAUUGCCAACAAAUGCUUGCAUGAUCAACCAAAUAAACGGCCUACAAUGGCUGAAAUAGUGGCAAAUUUAACUACAUUGGAGUUGCAGGGGAGGGCUGAUUCUCAAGGGACUUGCAUCGAGGAACAGGAUAUCGAUGUUGGUGAGAUUAGUAUCGAGCACACUGAAUGGAGUAUUAUGUCAAAUGGUUCUCCCUCAACGUCUGGGCAUUACAGUAUGUCUCCUAUCGAGGUAAUAAAUGAAAGCAAGGAGGCGAAGAGUAUGUCACCUGGAACAAAUAAAAAUAUGGAACUUGGGACAAAGAAGAAGGAUUAUAGUUCUAAUAACGGACCCUCUUGGGGUCGGCAGUUGUGGGGCUUGCUUUGGAAUAGACCAAGACUUUUAAAGAAAAAAGGUAAUCAUCCACUGGCAAAGGUACAUUGUCGUCGCUUUUCACUGCUAGAGAUUCAAGCCGCCACGAAUAAUUUCGAUGAUUGCUUCCUAAUAAAAAAUGAUGACUAUGGUAAGGUUUACCAGGGUGAUAUCCAAAAAAUUGGGAAGGUUACUAUCGAACGGCACUUGAACAGAAAUAAUUUGUCUCUCAGGAUGGAGCUGGUGCAGUCCCAUCUUCGAUGCAUCAACGUGGUAUCCUUGGUUGGGUACUGCUAUGAUGAGCUUGAGAUGAUCCUGGUGUAUGAAUACAUGGCCAACAAGACACUAUCAGAUUGUCUCCACAAUACAAUCAAUAAUCCUCUGUCAUGGAAGCAGAGGCUUCAAAUCUGCAUUGGUGCUGCACGAGGACUGAACUACCUUCAUACAGGUGUGGUGCAGACAAAUAUCCAUGGUGGUGUGACCAAAUUUGUGGAGCGGACAAUUAUCCAUCGUGACGUGAAGUCAUCCAAUAUUCUCUUGGAUCAAAACUGGGUUGCAAAGAUUGCAGGUUUCGGGUCGUCUUUGUUUGUUUCCAAGUACCAAAUGUUCAUCACCACAAAAGUUGCGGGCACACCAGGCUAUGUAGAUCCAGAGUAUCUUCUUACUUCCCUUUUUUCCAUAAAAUCUGAUGUUUACUCUUUUGGCGUGGUGUUGCUUGAAGUGUUGUGCGCGAGGAAAGCAGUAGUAUCUAUGGAAGUCUGGAAUGAGUGGAGGAAUCUAAGCAAGUGGGCCUUAGAUUGCAUAGAAGCAGGGUCGGUUGAACAGAUCAUUGAUCCAUAUCUGAUCGGGAAUGUAUCGACUACGUCUUUAAACGAGUUUGUGGAGAUUGCUAGGAAAUGCUUGCUUCCCAGAGGGAGUGAACGCCCUUCAAUGACUGAUGUUGUGCGUGCACUCGAGCUUGCUCUGGAACUGCAGGAAACUGCUGAUGUUGCAUUGGAGAAUGAGGACAUGGAGCUCUCUGGCUCACGCUGAAUAACUUGUGUUCCUGUAAUACUUAAUAUAUAUUGGAUAACAUCUUUUAGGGUGGAUUGGUAUGGUAUUUUUGGAAAUUAUUAUGUGAUUUCAAUUGUGGGUGUUGGAUUGAGACAAUUUGUAAUGUUUGGUUUGGUGCUAUGAAUGUGUUUUUGGAUAAAUUGGCUUAUGCUCUUGCUGUGCUAUUGGAAAUUCAGUAUCAGGGAAUGCAGUUAGAUUAGUUUUCUUAAUGCU